UGCCAUUACCCCUUGACUUUUGUCAACAUACUACCAAAACUCGUACCGUGUAGCGAGGUUGACUAUAUAUCAGUCAAACAGGAGGAUGAAACUGCUGCUGGCGGUAGUUAAACGCCUUCAUAGACCAGCUGUGUGCUGCAGUCCCCGGCGUGCCCUCAGCUCCUGUGCCGGCAGCGGAGGCCUGUUAGCCGCAGAGGGGACAGACACGGCUCUGGUCGUCGGAUCCAGCCAGGAGCUUCUGCAUAGAAUCGGCUCACAGGUGGAGGUGAGGACGGGCUUCAUCAGCGAGGAGGAGGAGGAAGCUUUUCUGCGAGAGUUGGAGCUAGGCUUGAAGAAGAAACGCUACCAAUUUGACCACUGGGACGAUGCUAUUCACGGGUAUCGAGAGACUGAGCGUGUUAGGUGGGGUGCAGAGUGUGAGGAGGUCUUGACUCGUGUCCGAUCUAUAGCGUUUGCUGAGGGUAGCCCACUCCUCGGGCCUGUGCACGUCCUAGAUCUGGACAAGACUGGCUACAUCAAGCCUCAUAUCGACAGCGUCAAGGUAAAUGGACAACAUCUUCAGCAACUUAACUCUAAUAAUGCCAGCUGCAUUUUUUCUCUCCUUUUGUCUGAUCAUCUUCUAAUUUUUCAGUUUUGUGGCACCACUAUCGCUGGAUUGAGUCUCCUGUCGGACAGCAUCAUGCGCUUGGUAAAGGAGGAUGCCAGCAGUGAGUGGCUGGACAUGCUGCUGCCCCGACGCUCCCUCUACAUACUGAGGGACCAGGCCAGAUAUGACUUCACUCAUGAAAUCCUAAAAGAUGAGGAGUCUGUGUUCAAUGGACAGAAAGUGCCUCGUCAGCGCCGAAUUGCCGUCAUCUGUCGGAACCUUCCGGGCUAACAUCUACUCAGCUUGGAUGUUAACAGAGCAUAACCUGAGCUCUGAGGAUUGUGUCAAUGACCUGCAUGUCUUUUAGUUAAUAUACAAUUGUUGUAUGAUGAAGUGUCCAGGACAUUUAAUGUAUUUGGCACUCUACACUGGGCUAUGGACGAGUGUUGACUGGGGUUAUCAACUGAACGUUCCCUUGACUAUCAGACUUCAUUCACUGCAGCUUUUUUAAAGUCAAGCAAUGGCUAAUUUAAGUAAAGAACAUGUCUCUACACAUCCUCCCACAACAACUGCACUAUCUUUGCUGUAGUUUUUAAAUAAUUUAAAUUACCUCCCACUGCUGGAGGACAGCGACAUGCCGAAAGUUAAGAAUCUCAGCUAUGUAUAAAAUAUUUGCUUAUACAAAUUUUAGUUCCACAUUAAAAGGCAGGAGAGGUCCUUUGAUUCUUUGAUCGAUACUGUAUAUAUCUCACUUUGGUGUGUUUCACAGGGCAAUCUUGGUGAAAUAUUUUGCAGAACACUUUACCAAAUAAAAUCAAAGGGAACUUGGAUGUGCAAAUGAAGCUUCUUGGAACAAUAAAUACAUUUAUCACAGCCAUUAGAUUAGUUUACUAUAGUGUAUUUUUAGUUUAGUUUAUUAUCAGUUUAUAUUAAUAACCUUUCUGUACUAAGCAACUUGUGUGACAUACUGGCCACUUUAUCAGAUACACCUAGUUAGUACCGAGUUUGUUCCCUGGGUUUUGCUUUCAGAACUUUCUUAAUUUUUCAUGGCAUGGAUUCAACAAAGUGCUGGAAAAAUUCCUCAGAGACUUAGGUCCAAAUUGACAUGAUAGCAUCACACAGUUGCUGCAGAUUUGUCAGCUGUACAUCCAUGAUGCAAAUCUGCUGUUCCACCACACCCCAAAGGUACUCUUUUGGAUUGAGAUCUAGUCACUAUGGACCAGUCUGGCUAUUCUCCUCUGACAUUUGCCAUCAACGAGGCAUUUUUUCACAGAGAACUGCCACUCACUGGUCUUUUCCAGACGAUUCUCUGCAAACCCAAGAGAUCUUUGUGCAUGACAAUCCCGGUAGAUCAGCAGUUUCUGAAAUAUUCAAACCAGCCCGUCCGGCACCGACAAUAAAGCCAUGUUCAAAGUCA